GUGCGCUUUAUGCGUCAGCGUCUACGUCUGUGUGUCACUCAGUCAAAUUUAUGAGCAACAGGCUUAACAGGUGCGCACCGUACCCAUCGUCCACAAAGUCACAGACCCCACAAAUGACUGACAUAACACACAUGGACUGACUCAUUGACAGAUGCCAUCAAUGGUACACACGGACUAGUACUGACUUUACAGACACGAAGACGCCCCCGGGGCUAACGGGGAGGGGAGACACAUCCACGUAUAUCGGUAGGCAACGCAGGAGAACCUCCCCUCCCUCCCCUAUCCACGAGAGCUGAGCUGAGCUGAGCUAGGUUACAUGUCAAAGAUAAAAAAUACCAACUCACCGACGGACUGGGCAGCACACAUGGACGCCCAUCAGUCACAUCAUGAGGGCUGGGCUCACUCUGCGUCCAUCCCUCCCCCUCAAUUUUGUGAUGUGAGCCAGCCCAGCAGUGUGUGAAGACGUACAUCACAUGCCCACACACAGACAGACAGGCCCACCCACCCCACUGAGGGAGGGGAGGUGCACUCUCUACCCACCCACCCCGUGGAGGGUAUGUAUACCAACGUACUCGAGUACUUGAUGUCGUGGUUUCUCUAGCCAUCCAUACCAUGCAUUCAUUCAUCACGUGUGUGCACGCGCCGGUGUGAAUGCGUGUGCAUGUGCGCAUCAGUAAAAAGCCGACCGAUUGUCCAUCCAGUCUUGGUGGAUCACCGAGCCAUGGCCUGCAUGAGCAGCUCCACCGAUGCCAGCUUCAUGCUGGUGCCCUCCUUGUCGCCGUACAGCCUCACGUAGGACUUCUGCAGCGCCGCAGUGACCUCAGCCAGCAACUGGGAUUUCUCGGCUGCGUCGAUCGGUGCCCGCGACACCUGGGGGGAAGGCACCCCUUCACAGACGCCGUCCCGGCACUCCAAGCAUCCAAUGUCCUGCCCGUCGCCGUAUGCCGGCCCCCCGAAGAGCUUGAGGACUUCGUAGAAAGUGAAGGCGACGAAAGGCAUGGCGGGGGAGGGGUCAAACAGAUUGACGUUGAGCAGACACUCCUUCAGCACCAGGUCACAUUCACUCUGGGAUGCCCCUGCACACAUACACAGACACACACAAGCGCCAUUGCAUCGGUGCAGGUGUUCGGCUUGUGUGGGUGUACCUACCGCAGAUAGUGUAGCAAAUGUCGUGCUGGUUGCAGCACUGGUUCGACAGCGCCACCCCCUCGUCAGAGAGAAGCUUCUCCAACGUCGCCUGUGUGAACGCGAGAACCUCGACAGUGCCUGUACGGAGCCACGCCACGGAACACACAACCAUUCUUUUACCACACCUAUGCCAUCCAUCAAGAGAACUAGCUACUCCAGUCAGUCAAGUCACCGCAUCCAUUGGUGUUUUCCGGGCCGCGGGGUGCUUGACAAGUGGUGCCAUCCUUCUCUCCCUCACACGAAGUCGGCGCAAACAGGGGGUAGCUGAAGCGGUUGGGCGUCGUGACGUUAAUCGACAGGUGGAAACACGAGUCGGUCGGGUCAUCGGACAUCUCGGCACACAAGAAGACCUCGUCGUCGAGAAUCACCACAGCGCCGAACUCGCCAGGGCUGGUCCGCUGAAAGGAGCCCUGCAGCAACCCCGUCAGUGCUGGGAUGAACCUCGUGUCGCCCAGGAACGCGUCAGACGGCAAUUGCCCGCCCGCUGAGAGCGUCACAUUCGCGAGCUCCAGGUUGUUUGCACUCAGCGACGCGAUCAGGGCCACCCGCCUGAUGAGAGGCUGGCUGCUGCUGCUGCCGUCAUCCUUCUUCUUCUCAAGUGAGAGCAUCGCGUCGUAGAGAUCCUGUACGUGCGUGUCGUUGGUCUGCGCGGCUUCGAAGGCCAGGUCUCCCAUCGGCGACAAAGCGGCAGACAACACGGCCGGGAGGGCGAUCUUGCGGACGAAGGGCACAGCUGCUUCAGGCAGGUUGUCCUCGUUUGCCCCCCUGAAGCACUUGUAGAACCCCCUGUCGCAGUCCAGCUUGCCUUGCCCCUCAGCACUGUAGCACUCCCAGUGCGCGUCGCAGCACGCGUCAGCGGCCUCGUCGAAGGCCUCUGACUCGCUCCCUUUGGGCAGCACCCUCUCGUCCAGGAGGCUGCGGAGCUCCUCGAAGAGGGAGGCUGGGAUGGGUGCUCUCCUCGGCGAAAGGCAGCCGGCCGCCGCUGUCGGUCUCACGGCGCCGAAGGACGCCAGCGAGACGAGAAGCAGCAGCGCAGGAGGCCGAGCCAUGGUCCG